AAUAUGAAGCUUUGAGAGAGGAAAAAAUAAAUCAAUGAACGUGAUAUUCGGUCUGUAAUUUAUAAAAAAAUAUUGUUUGCAACGAAGGAGUUGAGUUUGCUAUAAAAUCAUGAACGAUUUCAUUGAAAUUCGUUUGUUGGAAAAUGAAGGGCAAGAAAGAAAAUACAGAAAUCCUCGACGGAUUUUUUAUGAUGUUCCGAUAUUACGGAAUAUAUCCGAAGCGAGGAGCCGCAAUAAACGACAUCAAAUUCCACGUGCAAUUCAUGAUAAUCAUUUUCUUGUAUUCGAACGCAACAGUGGGAGGUGCAAUGCUCCUUUUCCAAAUGUUUUACAGGAAGGAGCACAUUUUGAUCAAAGAUUUAUUGGAUAACCUUGUGGUUUUAGCAGCCGGAAUUGGAAUGCACACGGUGAUUUUGGUGUUCAGGAAGACUAUGCCUCUGAUGCAGAAGAUAAUUAGAAAAAUUUCGCAUACCGGUGAUAGGUUCGGUGUGCCGGAUGAUAUGUGGAAGAGGAACAAGCAGAUGGAGUUGUUCGGUUACGCCUCGUUCUUUUACACUUUUUUUGGAGCAAUCUCUUACACUCUGGUGGGAAUCUUGGAUAUUGACAGUUGCAAGCAGCAGAAGAUCGAAUACAAUCUUUCCAAAGUUUGCGGUAUGAUGCAAUUGACGUGGAUGCCCUUCGACAUCGAAAGUUUUCCCAAUUACCAAAUAUUCUGGGUGCUUCAGUUCGUCACUUGUACGGCCAUAGCUUCGCUGACGCUCGUGAUUUCCGUUUUUCUCUUCUCGAUAAACGAGAUGUUCAUGACGAGAAUCGCGCAUUGGAGAGACAAAUUCAACGUCACUUUCAAUUUGAAAGACGAAGAGGAGCAGAGGGCUCACCUCAAUCUCUGCAUCGAAUACCAUUUCGAGAUAAUAGAGUUGUACCAGCAAAUCAACCUUUACUUAAGUCCGCUGAUUUUGACGCUCCUGUUGAUGGGAUCGCCCAUCAUCAGCAUCAUAAGUUUCACGUUUAUGCUCAAGCAUGAGCUGAAGAGUGUCUUUCACGUCUUCGGUUGGAUCACUAGCACGUUUCUCAUCUGCUACUGCGGGCAGCGAUUGAUCGACGAAAGCGAAAAGAUGACCAUGGAAGUGUACAGCUGCAAAUGGUACAAUGCAAAGUUAACAUUCCAGAAGGAUAUAUACUUGAUGAUACUGAGGAUGCAAAAGUUGAUGGUUCUGAAUGCGUACGGAUUUUUUGACGUUUCCUUGGCGCAGUUCUGCUCCAUGAUGCAGAACUCAUACUCGUUUUUGGCUUUACUCAAUCAAACUUACAAGGAAUAA